AGCCUAUCUUUACCCUAUAAUUAAGCAUUUGUAACUUUUAUGAAAUCUAACUCUUAAGCAGCAUCAGUAAUUAAAUUUGUCAAUCCAUAAGGUAAACCCAGGUUGUUCCAAUGUUUGCAGUGCAUAAGGGAUUCCUUUAGGUAUCCUCUUUUGGGUUUUCUCAAAAAGAUAAAUUCAUUUUUCAUAAAUGAAAUAAACAAGUUACACUGUAAUAAAUUUUAUUUCAUUAAUUCAUUUGUCCUAGAAUUAUUUGCUGGUUAUGCAGUAAUGGAGUUAUCAUGUACCUUGGAUUUGAGCAUUUGAAGAACCUUAGGUACUGUUUAAUUCACACCAUGGAGAAGUAGCAGGGAGAAGGGAGGAAGCUUCUUGAAAUGUAAAAUAUUAUUCAAGUGUGCCUUCUAGAUCAUAUGUGUAUUAAUUAAGUAUUAUGUCUCUUACAAGCAUGUAUAGUCUAUGCAAUUGGAUUAAGCAUUUUUCUUGAAAAUUUUGAUGGAAAGAAUGCUUGUAGGUGCUCAUGAUCAGUACCGCAUUCCUUGUGCCAUAUGGCAUUUUGUACAUAAAGAGAAGAGUGAAUGUAGCUUAGCUUAUGGACACUCUGAUUAUAGAGAGUUUUAUCAAUUGGAAGCUUUGGCAUAGUUGUUGUAAAGUUGAUCUCUAUUCAGAUAUUCAAUUUCUGUCCAUAAUUUGAAAUAUUUGCCUUCUCCUAGGGCCAUCCAAUGCCAAGAGGUACUGAUUGAUUCAAAGUUCCUCACAUUCCAAUAUCCAAGUAGACCAAGUGCAUCCAAUUCUAAGAAGAUUGAACAUCUCAGACUUCAAAGCAACACCUGAAAUCAAAUUUGUCAAUUUAUAUGGUAGUCCCUGGAUGUUCCCUUUUUUUGCAGGGCAAUACAUGAGUAAUACUUCUAGGUAAUCUUUUUUUCUGUUUUCUGAAAAUGUUGAAUUCAUGUUUCAUAAAAGAUGUCAACAAUUGACCAUACAACAACUUUUAUUCUGCUCCCUUUUUCUAGACCAGCUUAUGUGAGAAUGAUCCAAUUAUCCAAACAUGGAUCUAUUGAUUUCACAUACUUAGAGAUGAGUACAGGUUAGAACUAUUUUAAAUUACCAGCACAUGAAAUCUAUUGCAUUCUUCAUUUGAUGGUGUUUUUAGUUAUCAUACUCUCUCUCAUCCUAUCUCCAUUUUAUCAAUUUUGCAGAACUUGGCCUUAAACUCAGUGUCACUCUGUAAAUUGAAGCAGAAGAAGGAAUUAUGUCAUACAUGACUUUUAAGGCAUGGAACCUUAAGUGGUAAUAGAUUAUAUUCUUUUCAUGAGGAAGUCACUUGACAAAGCAAAAAUGUAUCGAGUAUGCCUUCUAGAUCAUUUAAAAGUCUUAUUUAAGCAUUAGUGCUUUACAUUUGAGCAUGUAUAGUCUUUCCAACUGAGUACUAUCAUACAUUUUAUUUGUUUGAGAAUUAAUUGUGUAUUGUAGUUGUUCACUGUUCAGUAUCUCAGUCAUUAAGCCACAAGGCCUUUUAGAAGUAAGUUAAGGAGGAAUAGCAGAUGCAAAGUAGCUUAUGGACUUUGAUAAAGGUCUGUUAGUGUA